AUCCCACGAACGGGCGUGUCUUCUCGGCAGCUGGUGGGCUCCUGGACGCUGGCCGGUUGAUGGGGAGACAACAACAACACGCUCGGUAUCAUGAGGCUCCCCGGGACACUGGUAUGGGCGGCUGUCCUCAUCCAGAAGGUGGUGGCAGAGUACGGCAUGGCCCAUUUCAGUGAGAAGGACCGAAGCAAAGGGAAGGAUUACUGCAUAUUCUUCAACUCCCAGUGGGCUCGUCUGCCUCAGGACCUGGGCAAGGCGUCCCGCCUUCAGCUGCACGACCUGACCACAUCCGUCCUGUGUCUGCCGUCUGAUGUCCCGGAGGGCGGCUUCCCGAACCAGAUCCCCAUGGUGAUGAGGGGAAACUGCACCUUCUACGAGAAGGUCCGGCUCGCUCAGCUCAACGGCGCCAAAGGCCUGCUCAUUGUCAGCAAAGACCGCCUGGCGCCACCCGCCGGGAACAAGUCGCAGUACGAGGAGAUCGACAUCCCUGUGGCGCUGCUCAGUUACACGGACAUGCUGGACAUCAGCACGAGUUUCGGUGAGGGACGGCUGGUUGCCAUGUACGCGCCAGACGAGCCGGUGGUGGACUACAACAUGGUCAUCAUCUUCAUCAUGGCGGUGGGGACGGUGGCAGUCGGGGGCUACUGGGCGGGCAGCAGAGACCGCAAGAAACGCUACAUGAAGCACAAGCGAGACGACGGCGUGGAGAAGCAGGACGAGGAGACGGUGGACGUGACUCCCAUCAUGAUCUGUGUCUUCGUGGUCAUGUGCUGCAGCAUGCUGGUGCUGCUCUACUACUUCUACGACAGCCUCGCCAUCUGGGUCAUCGGCAUCUUCUGUCUGGCCUCCUCCGUCGGCCUCUACAGCUGCUUGUGGCCAUUCGUGCGGAGGAUCCCGCGCUGCAACUGCAGGGUCCCGGAGAACAAGCUGCCGUACCUGCACAAGAGGCCCGAGAUCCGCUCGCUGCUUCUCUCUGCCUUCUGCGUCGGGGUCAGCGUCACCUGGAUGGUGUUCCGGAAUGAAGACCAGUGGGCGUGGGUGCUGCAGGACACUCUGGGAAUCGCCUUCUGUCUCUACAUGCUGAAGACCGUGCGACUGCCGACAUUUAAGGCCUGCACUUUGCUGCUGUCGGUGCUUUUUAUCUACGACGUUUUCUUUGUUUUCAUCACUCCUUUCUUCACCAAGAGUGGGGAAAGUAUCAUGGUGGAGGUGGCGGCGGGUCCCUCAGACUCCUCCACACAUGAGAAGCUUCCCAUGGUGCUCAAAGUGCCCAGGUUGAACUCCUCCCCUCAGGCGCUGUGUGACCGGCCCUUCUCCCUGCUGGGCUUCGGGGACGUCCUGGUGCCAGGCCUGCUGGUGGCGUACUGCCACAGGUUUGACAUUUUAACCCAGUCCUCCAGAAUCUACUUCGUGGCCUGCACGGUCGCGUACGGCUUCGGCCUGCUCAUCACCUUCGUGGCCCUGGCGCUGAUGCAGAUGGGUCAGCCGGCGCUGCUCUACCUGGUGCCUUGCACUCUGCUCACCUGCCUCGCCGUCGCCCUGUGGCGCCGGGAGCUGCCCCAGUUCUGGACCGGAAGUGGAUUAGUGCCGGCCAUCGCGCUCGCUCCCAUCACCCAAACCACAGCGCCGCCGCCGGACGGGUCCGCAGCGCAGCCCGAGCCCCCGACAGAGCCGAUGCAUCAGAGCGACGGCACGCCUCAGGAACCGCAGCCGCGCGGCACAGAGGAGCUGAAACCAAACUGAUGGACACUUCCUUCCCCCGUCAUGGUUUUUCGAUUUUUACUUUGCAGUCGACGGACUUGAACGCGUGGGAUGCUGCGACCGACGGGUCAUUUGAUGUAAACACGGCACGACACUUGCAGAACUGUAAGCUCCAGCAGCUCUGGACGCCACACCAGCAACGGUUUCAGUUGGCAAUUAAAUGCAUUACAAAUUACCGAAUCAAGUCUAUCACGUGACAUGUAUGUUUUCAAACGAUAAUAAAAUG